GGGUGUCAGCUGAUGAGGGAUAGGCAGGCCACGGGACUCCUGCCCUGCCUGCCUGUCCUCAAUAAAGAAUAACCCCUAUCCACAGAUGAAGAAGGAGGCGGGUGUGUGCUGCUGAACCUGUUCUGUUUUUCUUCUCCAUUCUCACCUUUUUACUCUCUCCCUCUUCACUCCGGAGGGAGAGGAAGAGGAGUGAGGUUGUUUGUUUUUUUUCUCUCUCUGCCUGUUUGGUUCACUAAUAUUGAAAGUGGCUUCGGGAUAUUUAUCAAGUGAAAACGGGAGGAACCCUUCGCCACCAAACGCAGCAUGUCUGGUGACGAGUCGUACAACUUUGUCUUCAAAGUGGUUUUGAUAGGGGAGUCGGGCGUAGGGAAGAGCAACCUCCUGUCUCGCUUCACUAAGAAUGAGUUCACUCAUGACAGUCGCACCACCAUCGGCGUCGAGUUCAGCACGAGGACCGUUCAGCUGGACAACUACACCAUCAAAGCCCAAAUCUGGGACACGGCGGGCCUGGAGCGCUACAGGGCUAUCACCUCAGCGUAUUACCGAGGAGCGGUUGGAGCGCUGUUGGUCUACGACAUUAGCAAGCACCUGACCUACGAGAGCGCAGAGCGGUGGUUGAAAGAGCUGUACGACCAUGCAGACCCCCACAUCGUGGUGAUGCUGGUGGGAAACAAGAGAGACCUGGACACGCUCAGGACCGUCCCCAUGGAGGAGGCCAGGGACUUUGCAGACAAGAGAGGCCUCAUGUAUAUGGAGACGUCAGCGCUUGAUUCCACGAAUGUCGAAGCUGCUUUCAACGAAAUCCUCACAGCGAUCCAAAGGAAGGUGGCCAGCAGAGAAGUGACCCGCGGCUCCAUCAGUGCCGUGACUCUGUCCGAAACCAUCGGGCCCACCAGCGAGUCGCAGGAGAAGGGCCGGGGCUGCUGCAAGAGCUCCUAACAGACUGCUCUGCCCGCACUGAAUCAGCAUUACACUUGACUGUCGUUAAAUAUGGCAUCAUUCACACACAGUUUGAAGAGUGAGAUACCUGUCUAACGCUUGAGGAGUACAAGCCUCUUUGAAUAUUCAAGCUGUACAGUAUAUAGCUCAAAAAUAAUACAUUAGGAUGCGAAGCGCUGAGAAGAUCUAUUUUAAACAUUGUUAUUAGGCUAAUGGGCACUUUCUAACCAUCGAUAGCUCUGCUUCUUUCCCCUUUAUCAUGUUUUCAAACAGGUGCUGUAAAGUGGUAUUGCUUUUAUAAAUGAAUGCACUGGGAGUCAUUUGGAAUAAAUUAUUUAUGUUA